AUAGCCGAACGAAACUUUGGGUAAGCAAUGGAUACUAUCUCAAUCGUUGAUAAGUGAAGCUCCAUCCCUAUUUAUGAACUCGAUAACCUUCUCUACGCCCAUGGCUUCUAGGCUUGGCUGAUUAAACUUGAUCUCUAAAAUUAUGUGUUCAUGGAUAAGGGCAGUUGCCUAAUGUGUAACUUGAACUUUCUUUAUCAUGUUUCUUCCAUAGACACUUUAGGGUUACAUCCAGCCUCUGGGGCUACCAUUUUCUUGGAAUCUUGAACACGAACUAUUGAUGUGAAGUAUUGAGAGUGGCUUUUUUCCCUAAAAAAGUGUCCUCUUAUUGCUCGAUUUGACGUCUUGUGUAAGAAAUAAAAUCCAAAUGCAAGAACCUUCAAGAAAGAAAGUUCCAACUCAAACUCAUAGGUUAUAUGAACAGCCUCAGCAAGAACCUGGGUCCUAUUAUUGGCCUCCUAUGAACCAUCAAGGCUUGUAUUCCGAUGAUGUAUUCGAACAAAAUCGCUUACCAUCUGAGGCUUUCAAACAGUACUGCAACCUUGAGUCGUCCUCGGGAACUAGUACUUACCCUCCUCAAAAUUCUUCCUCUACUGCUAGCUUUGCAUCAAAUGGAAGCCCCUCUUCACACCAAGAGUGCCUUUCAUACCCAUUAGACCCAUAUUAUUCUCCUGACAAUAACUGUGGUUCGCCUGUCAGUAGAUCUUGUCUAACAGAUGAUGCUAUUGAUAACUUGAGGCACAAGAUCAGGGAAUUGGAGACUGCAAUGCUUGGACCUGAUGAGGAUCUUGAUAUCUAUUCCAUCACUAAUCCAGUCCAUCCUGAAUUACCUGUGCCAGAAGUAGAGUGGAAAGAUGUGUCUGAGAUAAUCACUAGAAAGGAUUUGAAAGAGAUGCUUUGUGCUUGUGCACGAGCAAUAGGAGAUAACGAUAUGUUGACUGGAGAAUGGUUGGUGUCAGAGUUACGUGGAAUGGUCUCAGUUUUUGGCAAGCCAAUCCAGCGUUUAGGAGCUUACAUGUUAGAGGCACUUGUUGCCAGGACAGCUUCUUCAGGUAGUUCUAUCUACAAAGCCUUGAGAUGUAAAGAGCCGAUAGGUGCUGAACUUCUCUCAUACAUGCACAUACUCUAUGAAGUUUGCCCUUAUUUUAAGUUUGGGUACCUAUCAGGAAAUGGGGCAAUUGCGGAAGCCAUAAAAGGUGAAAAUAGAGUUCACAUAAUUGAUUUUCAGAUAGCACAGGGAAAUCAGUGGAUCACAUUGAUACAAGCCCUUGCCAAUCGACCUAGAGGCCCCCCGAAGAUUACUAUUACAGGCAUCGAUGAUUCCGCUUCUGCUUUUGCCAGAGGAGGGGGGCUCGACAUUGUAGGAAAAAGGUUGUCACUUUUGGCAGAGUCAUUAAUGGUACCCUUUGAGUUCCAUGGUAUUGCAGCCUCUGUUUCUGAAGUUCAACGUGAAGAUCUGAAAGUUCAACCAGGUGAGGCCAUUGCUGUAAAUUUUGCCUUGGUGCUGCACCAUAUUCCAGAUGAGACUGUGGGCAGUCAGAAUCACCGGGAUCGGAUUCUGCGUCUGGUCAAGGGAUUGUCUCCAAAGGUUGUGACCCUUGUUGAGCACGAGUCAAACACCAACACAGCUCCUUUUUAUCCCCGUUUCGUUCAGACAUUGAAAUAUUAUACAGCUAUUUUCGAAUCCAUAGAUGUGACUCUUUCAAGAGAGCACAAGGAGCGGAUCAAUGUGGAGCAGCACUGUUUAGCUCGGGACAUUGUUAAUAUUAUAGCAUGUGAGGGAGCCGAAAGGGUCGAACGCCACGAACUUCUUGAAAAGUGGAGAUCACGCUUCCUCACGGCUGGCUUCAAACCACACCCUUUAAGCCCUUUUGUCAAUGCUACCAUUGAGGCACUGCUAAAAAACUACUGUGACAAAUACACGCUUGAAGAGAAAGAUGGAGCUCUAUAUCUCGGCUGGUUGAAUCAAAAUUUGGUUACCUCUAGUGCUUGGAUUUGAGAAGCAGUGGAGUUAUAAAUGCAUGUUCCCAGUUAAAACAUAUGAAGAAAAAUGUUAUUAUUGAUGGUAUUUUUGAUGAUUUUAUGGGAACUGGUUGCUGUAAGUUGCUCUACAUGCAUAAAUAUAAGAAUGAAAAGUAAGAGUUGUUGGAUAAUACUUAUACUUCCAGUAUUUGAAUUACAUUGUAAAGAUACAUCUUGUGUGUAACAAAUAAUACCAGAUGGUUCAUAUCA